AUGGCCAUCAUCAAGGCGGCCGACGGGACGGCGGACCCGAUCCUGACCAACUUGGUCAACCAGGACAAGGUGCGGUUCUGGAAGAAGCCGAACCUGCGCAGAAUGUACUUUUUCCUGUUCUUGUGCUGCAUGGGCGUUGAGAUGACGUCUGGUUUCGACUCGCAACUUAUCAACACCAUGUUGUUUACCGAGCCAUAUCUUUUGUACUUUGGCAAUGGCUGGAGAAACAACGACAACAAGAUCGGAAUUGAGCCCAACCUCCUCGGCAUAAUGAACGCGUCCUACAAUCUGGGAUCCAUCCUCGGCGUGCCCCUCGCUCCCUGGUUCAACCACAAGUUCGGGCGCCGGUGGACCAUCUUGGCCGGGUCCAUCAUCAUGAUCGUCGGUGCUUUGAUCCAGGGCUUUGCUCAGCACGCCGCCAUGUACAUCAUUGCCCGCAUCAUCCUGGGCAUCGGCAUCGUGUUCGCCAUCAUCGCCGGUGCCGCCAUGAUUGGCGAGCUGGCGUAUCCCAAGGAGCGCGCCAUGCUUACGUCGCUCUUCAACGCGUCUUGGUUCAUCGGUGCCAUUGUCGCAUCGGCCAUCGCCAUCGAGACGGUCAACAUCAAGGGGGAGUGGGCCUGGCGUCUGCCCAGUCUCCUCCAGAUCUGCCCGUCGCUGCUCCAGAUCGCGACCGUCUUCUUCCUGCCCGAGUCGCCGCGUUACCUCGUCAGCCAGGACCGUGACGACGAGGCGUUUGCGAUACUGACCAAGUACCACGCCGAGGGCGACGCUUCCUCGGCCAUCGUCCAGGCCGAGAUGGCCCAGAUCCGCACCACCAUCAAGCUCGAGAUGGAGAACUCCAAGCAGACGUGGGCCGACGUGCUCAAGACGGCCGGCAUGCGCCGCCGCUUCUUCAUCACCAUCUUCAUCGGCCUCUUCACGCAAAUGUCGGGCAACACGCUGCUGUCGUACUACUCGUCGCUGCUGUACGACCUGAUGGGCUACACCGAGACCUCGGUCAAGACGCGCAUCAACAUGGCCGACAAGUGCUGGGGCCUCAUCAACGCCGUGACCCUGGCGCUGAUCGUGGUCCGCUUCCCGCGUCGCCGCAUGUACAUGCUCUCGGCCGGCAGCAUGCUGUGCGCCUUCACCGGCAUGACCGUCUGCUUCUACCACCUGCGACAGGCCACCAACGCCGGCGUCAAGAACUCGUCCGCCGGCAUCGCCGCCCUCUUCUUCUUCUUCGCCUACGGGCCCUGCUACAACAUGGGCAACAACGCCCUGACCUACACGUACCUGGUCGAGCUGUGGCCCUACGCCCAGCGCUCCCGCGGCAUCGGCGUCCAGCAGAUCUUUGGCAAGGCCGGCGGUUUCUUCUCCACCUACGUCAACCCCAUUGCCAUCAACGCCCUCGACUGGCGCUACUUUGCCAUCUACUGCGGCUGGAUCGGUUUCGAGUUCAUCUUCAUCUACCUGAUGUACCCCGAGACGUACGGCCGGACGUUGGAGGAGCUGACUUUUCUGUUCGAGGGCAAGGAGUACACAGACCAGGCCAACGCUGCCGUCCAGAAGCAGCUCGACUCGGAUGUUACUGCAGUGCCGCAGGAAAAGGUUUGA